GGUCGGUUGUAACUGCAGGUUGCAAGCGAUCAUUUGACGAGAAUCUGCCAUCGCAGCAGGGGCGAACUUGAUGGAGAGUCGCUACCCAAGGAACGUCGUGAUCCACGUUGCCAAGGCAGCCACAGGCGACGCCGUGCUCGAACGGCUGCAGGUGCACACCCACCGAGUUGGAAAGUCCAAGCGACACCGGUGUCAUCAAUGCCAGGCGCGGCUCGUCUUUUUCUGGAGUAAGCGCAAUUGCCACAUGUGUGGGGAAGUCGUGUGUGCACCAUGUCGUCGCGUCGUAGCGGUGGAUCGACCUGCCACCCGGAUGUCCAAGGCGGCGCCGACCCCCAUCGUGCAAGCCAAAGUGUGCCUGCACUGCGUCGACGUCCACUUUAACAAGCCCCCAUCGCCCCACAACCGCCCCACGAAACGUACGAAUGCCGCAGAACCGCCGCCACUACAGCGCACCGCCACGAAGAUCUGGCUCCAAAGCAUCGUCACCAGCAAGCAACCUCGCCACGAGUCGCGGCGCAGCGGCCGCCACUCCGUGCACCGGUCGUCAAUCCACCGGCCCAUGCGGAACCACGCGUUCGACUCGCCUCGUGUUCGCCGGACGUCGCGGCACAGCCAGCGCCUGUACCUCCCUCCCAAGCCGACGGCGAAAUGGACCAAUCCGUGGUGUCCGCCGCCCGUCCUCCCUGACGAAAGUGAGCGGCUACGGACGCUGCGGUCCUUCCACAUCCUAGACACGGCGAGCGAAGACAUUUGCGACAUCCUGUGCACGCUCGCCGCCACCACGUACUCGUGCGCGGUGGCUGGCGUCACGUUCAUGGACAAGGACCGCCAAUGGUUUAAAGCUCGACAUGGACUCAAGCAAGACGAAAUCCCGCGGAAGGUGGCGCUGUGUGCCCACGCCAUGGCGAGUCCAACGACUCCUAUGGUCGUACUCGAUACCGACGACGACAGUCGGUUCGCCAAGAACCCCCUCGUGACUGGCCACGCCCAGUUCAAGUUUUACAUGAGCGUGCCAAUCGUGACCCCGCUGGGGCAUCCCCUCGGCACCAUCUUCGUGGCGGAUACCAAGCCCCGACAACGCGCCGACGCGGACGAGCUGGAGAAGCUCGCGGUAGCCGUACUGCAGUUUCUCAUGGACCGUCUCAACAAGACAGAUCACGAGGACGUGGUCGCGGCUCACCUGUGGGACCAAAGGGGGACGGACGCCCUUUGUGGUAUGGAUGUGUAGUGUUCAAAGUAUCAUGAUCAUACAUGUGGACUAUGUUGUGAAGUUGCUACGAUGGAGUUGGGAUACCAUAGCUACCAAACCAUAGACGAACCAUAAUGGCAACACCACCCAAAGUUGCCACGUAUAUGCAUACAGUACGAUGGGGAAGAUACCUCCUUUCACCCACG